AUGAAACCCGGUGUGUCCGUCUCGGCUGCCGUCUCCAGCUACCGUGUCUUCCAGCCAGGUGAGGUGGUCGACCUGCCUCGUGUUGCCGUGGCCAAGGCUCAUGCUCGCUUUGCCCUCGCUGUCUCGGCAGCUACCCUCCUUGCUCCACUCAUCGAUCAUGUGGUAUGGCGGAGGUUCUCCGAGUUCCAAGCCCUGGCAAGCACUCUGAGGAGUGUCGCUGCAUCGGCUGGAGGUGGCCUCGCCCUCCACAUCGAUGACUGCCUCCUCGCUCUGCCGAAAAAGACCUUCCGCCAUCCGCUGCGCCUCUUUGGCCUCUUUGACGAAGAUCAUCUCUCAAAGCGCGCUCAUGCGCUUGAUGCCUUUGUAGCUGCCCUCCUGAGCCAUCGCUCGGUCAUUGCCCUCACUCCCGUCGCAGACUUUCUCUGCCUCCCACAUCACAUGGCUGACCCGGCCGACCCGCCACCGCCAGCCUCGUCACCGCUGGCUCCGCCGGCCACCACCAACCUUGGCUCAAACUUGGAUGUGAGCUCGCAAAGUGACGUCGCUUCUGCUCCCGACUCGAGCGCUGCCUCGGCUGCCCUCGCUCCUGACUUGCCGCCGGUCUCGCCCUCGGCUCUUGAGGCUGCAUACGGCUCGGUCCCGCCGCCUGCCUUGCAUCGUCGUCUUGUCGCCGACGUUUCCUUUGCACCGCCGCUGGCCUCGCCCACUACCUCGCGCACGCUUGCUGACAUCCUCGGCUCACCGGCCGCAUCUAGCUAG